AUGUCGGACGCACCAGCUAAAGGAGGGAAGAUAGCCCCAAAGGUUGCAAAGAAAGGAGAGAAAAAGGCAGGAGUUGGAAAAAAGGCUGGGAAACCUGGUGGAAGUGGCAAAAGGUCAAGGAAGCGCAAGGAAAGUUAUUCCAUCUACAUUUACAAAGUGCUCAAGCAAGUGCAUCCCGACACUGGGAUCUCCAGCAAGGCCAUGGGUAUCAUGAAUUCCUUCGUCAAUGAUAUUUUCGAAAGGAUCGCGCAAGAAGCAUCUCGCCUUGCCCAUUACAACAAGAAAGCCACGAUAACCUCGCGAGAAAUUCAGACUGCGGUCAGGCUUUUGCUUCCAGGAGAGCUCGCUAAGCACGCCGUGAGCGAAGGCACGAAAGCAGUGACAAAGUACACAAGCAGCAAGUAG